CCUUCUCCCACUCCACUAUACUCAACUCAAUGCCUCCCUCCGUAAAGCCUCGCAAUAAAGGCUCCCCUUUCCCUCCCUCCCUCCUUUUCUGGUCUCUUUCUUCAACCAACUCUUGUUCAAUCUACUCCCUCGCAUCGCAACAACUAUACGCUGCCAUUACCUUACCUACCUCUUUCAGCUGAAAAUUCCGGCGUCCAUUGACACCCUCGUGGCUGUCUUCUUUCUUUCCCCUUCUCUGACGGAACUUCUGAACGCCGGCGACGACUUGUCUCCCUAGAUUUUCGGGCCCGCAUUUCAUGGAUCUGCAGCUCGGCACACGGGCACUGUCUCCUCUCCUCCUCCUUCUCUCUCUUCUCUACUUUAUAGCAUCGCGAGGCGACUCCGCUGUUUGAGCCUUUCUCCCAUUUUUCCACGCUUGAGCUAUGCAGUCAGCUCUUGUGGCGGCUGCCGAGUUUGAGAUUGUGGAUUGUUGGUGGCGGAGAAGAAACCCUAUGAAUAGUUACUGCUCCUUCAGUUGGAUCUCGGCUGGACACGCUGUUGCGCUUGACGGUGUCGGUAGCUUUUGACAAUGGUGUUUGAUUUCGCUUCCGGAGAAGAAGAUGCGAACCUGGGUGCUGCUGCUGCUUCUUUGCUUACUUCGCCUUGUUUUUACCUGUUUAGGGAACUCGUUAUUUCACAUGUAUUUAACUCCUGUGCAAACUACUCGGCGUUUACCUACAAACGGCAUUUGGGUGAAACAACCAAGGUCAACUUCAAAGGGUGUUCCAUUUGGUCGUUCGCAGCCACCUCAAAGGCAUAUGUUUAGACCUGCCUAUAACCCAUCUUCUGCCCCUGCCCCUUUCCCGCUGAAUACGGUCUCCUCUAGUCCUAGAAUUGCUCCCUUACCAAGACGUCGUGGCCAUCAUCGACAUCACCAUCCAAAAGCAGCUGUAGUCCCUCCAUCCCGUUCAGAAACCACGAGCUGUGACCAAAUUUGUGUGGAUCCACUCACGUCAACUCCAUUUGGUUCACCUUGUGGCUGUGUUUUUCCUAUGAAAGUCAGACUUCUUCUGACUGUUGCUCCUUACACCAUUUUCCCAGUGAUGAAUGAGCUAGAGAUUGAGGUUGCAACAGGAGCUUAUUUGGAACAGAGUCAGGUAAAGAUAAUGGGUGCCACUGCUGAUACUCAAAAUCAGGGAGAAACAGUGGUUGACAUUAACUUGGUUCCACUGGGAGACAAAUUUGAUAAUACCACGGCUACCCUUAUUUAUCAAAGAUUCUGGCAUAAGAAAGUGCCUCUAAAUAUGACUAUCUUUGGUAGUUAUGAAGUGGUUUCCAUUGUUUAUCCAGGCAUUCCCUCUUCGCCACCAUAUCCAAGUUAUACAGCCAGCAGUCCGUCGGGAAGUGGUGGAGAUCUACCAAUCACUGCCAAUCCAGUGAAGAAGAACAAAGGGAUGAACUUUAGAACCUUAAUAAUCAUCGCAUUAUCAGCAUUUGUGCUCUUGUUGGUCUUAAUUGGGGCAGUUUCCAUUUUCAUAAAAUGGAAAAAGUUUGGAAAACAGUCAAAUGCUGUUGGUCCUGCCUUCCCGCAAUCUAUCAAUAAAAGAUUUGGUAUGAGCUUAUUUGCUUUCAAUAUUGUGAUUAUGUACUGCUUGCGAAUGUGCCCCUUAUUCAUUUGACGGAGGUUCUGUUCUAUAAUCCUUUUAAGCCAGACAGAAUUACCAUUGCGUACUAUUUGUCAAUUUGGUUUAGUCUGAGCACUGGUUUCUCUGAAGAGCAGCAUGACAUUACUACUUCCUGUCGUGCAAUCCAAGCAUUGAUGUUUCCACUUCUCUUAUACAUUAUCUAUAGUAACUCAUUUUGUUCCAAUUUUUAUUGUCACUAUCUUAAUUAGCCUCUUGAACAAUUUCAUUCUCCUGUCUGAUGGAGUAUACUGGUUGUUUGAAUGUGUCAAAUUUGACAAUACAAAAUUUUAACUUAAUGGACCUUAGUUCUGCCUUACUGCUUGUGCUGAAUUUUUAUGAGGUCUGUUGUCUAAUUGCAGGUGUCGGAUCCUUCUUAACAAGUAGUAUUGCAAGUUCAACAUCAGUAUCCCUCAUGUCCAACAUGGCUCCUUGUAUGUUAUCUGUAAAAGCAUUUACUUAUCUGGAGCUUGAGAGGGCUACGGAGAAGUUCAGUUCAAAGAGGAUCCUGGGGGAAGGAGGAUUUGGACGUGUUUAUCAUGGACUAUUGGAGGACAGGACUGAAAUUGCAGUGAAGAUGCUUACUAGGGAAAAUCAGAAUGGCGACCGUGAGUUUAUUGCAGAAGUUGAGAUGCUGAGUAGAUUGCAUCACCGUAAUCUCAUCAAACUGAUUGGUAUAUGCAUUGAAGGGCGUACACGCUGUUUGGUGUAUGAACUUGUUCAUAAUGGUAGUGUUGAAUCUCAUUUGCAUGGUAUUGAUAAACAACAAGGAUACCUUGACUGGGAUGCACGGUUGAAAAUUGCCCUUGGAGCAGCUAGAGGACUUGCCUAUCUCCAUGAAGAUUCUAAUCCUCGCGUGAUUCAUCGAGAUUUCAAAGCUAGUAAUGUUUUGCUAGAAGAUGAUUUCACCCCCAAGGUAUCUGAUUUUGGUUUGGCAAGGGAAGCAACUGAAGGGAGCCAUCAUAUAUCUACUAGGGUCAUGGGAACAUUCGGGUAUGUUGCCCCUGAAUAUGCAAUGACAGGGCAUCUGCUUGUCAAAAGUGAUGUCUACAGUUACGGGGUUGUGUUACUUGAGCUUCUGUCAGGAAGAAAACCUGUGGAUAUGUCCCAACCAUCAGGGCAGGAAAACCUGGUAACGUGGGCACGUCCGCUUCUGACAACAAGAGAAGGGUUGGAGCAGCUAGUUGAUCCUUCCUUAUCUGGAAGCUAUGACUUUGAUGACAUGGCCAAGGUGGCAGCCAUUGCCUCGAUGUGUGUCCACCCGGAAGUAACUAGCAGACCUUUUAUGGGAGAAGUUGUGCAGGCUCUCAAACUGAUCUACAACGACACUGAUGAGACAUGUGCGGAGGACAAUUACAGCCAAAAGGAGUCUUCCACACUGGAUGAUUCAGAUUUGAAAGGCGAUUUCGUUCCUUCAGACAGAAGUUGGUGGAAUGCAGGUGCAGUCUCCCCUCAUCUAACAUAUGGGCAAGCCUCACCUUUCAUUACAAUGGAGUACAGUUCAGGUCCACUUGAAGAGUUGGAAAACCGACCUCUCUCAGCCUCGAGCUUGCUUGGGGAACGAUUUUCAUCACCUAUCAGGCAAGGGAAUAGGUCUGGUCCUUUGAGAACGGUGAGAAGUAAGCCAUCCUUUUACAGAUUGAGAGGGAGUAUGAGUGAUCAUGGGAACCUCCCAGUGAGACGCACCGGGAAUGAUGGAUAUUGGGCUUAAAGUUGGUCUGGUCUUUCAAAUGGAGUGUACAGUCUUCUUCAAAGUUCAAAGGAUUACAUUUAUGCUUUUCGAGUUGUUGUUUAAGGUCUUCAGGUGAUGGUUUUCGGUUCUCAGUUCUCUAGGGCAGAGGGUCUGGAGAACCCAGUUUCAUUGAUUGUGAACCCUCAGCUUCUGAUUUGGAGAACCUCCGAUUCAUUUAUAACAUAUAAGGUAUCACAAUGGGAGAUGCAUACCUGAAAUGGUGUACGUACUUUUGUCUUCUCCGUUUGUAGCUUUAAUCUUGUCAACUUUUGCCCCUUCCUUACUCUAUUUUUAAGUCUUGGCUGCUUCAGAUCUAUUUCAUCCUCCGAUAACGGGGAUAAGAAAUCGUCAGUUUUGGCAAUGUCACCGACUUCGGGUAGGAUGUGAAUCUUCACAGAUUGAUUCAACAAUAGGAGGUUCGAUCUCUUGAGUAGCACUAACAUUAAAGACAAAUGAAUGCCAUUCUAAUAAAAACAACUCUAAGA